AUCAUAGCCACUUAAACUUAAAUAAACAUUAUAGUCUAUGUCGCUUACACCUGGAUUAUUAGAAGCAUAAUGAUUAUGAAAAAGAAGAACUUUUGAGUAUGAAUUCUCUACGAACAUCCGACAACACAUCAAAGGAUUUAAUCCAAACCCAAAAAUCGAGUCAGCAAAUAGUCAAAACUGUUGUUACGUGGUGUACAACCACUACUCCCACGCGUACACCCGUCAUUAGCUGCCCACCACCAUCAAGAUUCAAAGAUUAUAUAAAACCUAGAUAUUUAGCGCCCCUUGGCUCCCUAAUCCGCCACGUAUACCCUUAAAGAUAUUUCGAGCCACGGAAAAGGAUAUAUCCAGACCCGCUACGUGGGACUCGCUCCCCUCUUACAAGGUGGAUUUUUCCCAUGUGCCGCUCCAUCCCCUGCGCCCGCCAAUAAGAUCCAAACGCGUGUUUUUCUGUCCAAUGGAAACGCAGCACGUGCUCGAUCGCCCGCAUUUAGUUUUCCACGUGUCCCAGCCCGUUAUAAAAUCCGUUUUCCCCGGCGUAGAGAGUUGUUGUUGCCGGGGAGAGAGAGAGAGAGGAAUGGGGGAGUGGGGGAGUGCGAGUCAGGUGCUGAGACUCAGUGAGUCGGCCAACUCGGGCCUGCUCAACGAGCGAGUUCUGUUUCUAGUGUUCGAGUACAUGAAGUGGGACAUCCGCACGCUCUGCCGCGUGGCAGCGGUGAGCUGGAAGCUCCGCGCGCUGGCCAAGCGCCUCCUCUGGCGGGAGCUCUGCAUCUACCGCGCGCCGCGGAUGAUCGCCACGCUCACGGAGGGGGCGACCAACAGCCGGAUCAUCGGCGGAUGGCCGGCGCUGGCCAAGCUCCUCUUCUUCUGCGGCGGAUGCGAGUCGACUCGCCAUUUCCGACUGAGUCGCCCUUCGCCGGGGCACUUCGCGGAGGAGUCGCGAUUCUCGAAGACGUCGGGAAGGAGCUUUUUGUCCAAGAGCUGCAGAGGCGACGUGCUGUACGUGAGCGAUCCGUGCGAGCACGCUGCCGGCGGCGGCGGCGAGGACGCGGAGAGGCACGAUGACGUCGGUGUUUACCGAGGGGUAUUUAGGGCAUUUUUCAAGUCGCGGACGCGGGAGUGCCUAAUCAGGAAGCGGAUCGAGUUCGAGGAAGGGAUGCGGUGCCCCUACUGCGCCGCCAGGGUGUGGAGUAUGACGGCGGCGCGGCUGAUCCCGCAAAAAACCGCCGCGAGGAAGCUCGGAUCCAGCGACGGCGCGGUGGAGUACUUCGUGUGCCUAAACGGCCACCUCCACGGCGUGUGCUGGCUGGUGCAUCUGUCCUCCGACGACGGCGGCGAUGAGGAUGAAGACGAGGACGGCAGCUUCUGCAGCGAUGACGACGGCGGCGGCGGCGGGAGGCCUUCGGAUCAGCGGAAUUACAUAGGUCGUGCUAACAACGGUAAGGUAACUAAUUGACGACGCAAUUACAUAUUUAAUCGGAUUAGAAUGUGAAUUAGGGAGAUGUUAGCAUAGAUUGAUGGAUUAAGCAGAGAUUGCAAUUUUAUUAGUUGAGAUUACUUUACUUUAAUAUAAUGUCCAUUGGAAUCA